AAAGGUGAAGGAGAGCAUCCACAACCAUGAGUGCCAUACAAGCGCCCAGGACUCUCGUGCGCAGUCAGCUUUGCAGAGAUGUAAGAAGAAGGAUAGGAAAGGUUCCCCAGCGGGCUUUCUCCUCAUCACAAUAUCUGGCGCAGCACCAAUCACCGACGCCGAAAUCUCCUCAAGAUGAACCAGGGACGACGCAUUUUGGAUUCCAGACGGUAGCAGAGGCAUUGAAGGAGCAGAAGGUCGCCGGCGUCUUCUCCUCCGUCGCCUCCUCUUACGACACCAUGAACGACUUCAUGUCCCUCGGCAUCCACCGCCUCUGGAAAGACCACUUCGUCCGCAACCUCAAUCCCGGCCGCAACCCGCUCACCUCUCCCCCUUCGUCUCCUUCAGAACCCCAAGGCUGGAACAUCCUCGACAUCGCCGGCGGAACAGGAGACAUCGCCUUCCGCAUGCUCGACCACGCCUCCACCAUCAACAACGACGCCCAUACCACCGUCACCGUCGCGGAUAUAAACCCGGAUAUGCUCGCCGAGGGAAGGAAGCGCUCACUCGCGACUCCGUACGCGCGGUCACCUCGUCUGAAAUUCAUCGAAGCGAACGCGGAGAAGUUGGAUAUGAUUCCGGAUUCCAGCGUCGACCUGUAUACUGUUGCGUUCGGCAUCCGGAACUUCACGCACAAGGACGUCGCGCUUCGGGAAGCGUACCGCGUGCUCAAACCCGGCGGUGUUUUUGCCUGUCUGGAGUUCUCGAAAGUGAACAACCCACUCUUCGAUGCGGUAUACAAGCGCUGGAGCUUCAGUGCUAUUCCGCUGAUUGGGCAAUUAGUCGCAGGGGAUCGGGAUAGCUACCAGUAUCUUGUGGAGAGUAUCGAGAGGUUCCCUAGUCAGGAAGAGUUUAGGGAUAUGAUUAAGGAGGCUGGGUUUUUGGUGCCAGGGCAGGGGUGGGAGGACCUGAGUCUGGGGAUCGCGGCGAUUCAUAAGGGAGUGAAACCUCUAAGAUGAGCGGAUUGGAGGGCGGUAUGACCUCGAGUGUAUAAUAUGUGUUGGAGGAGUAUAGAAUAUUGUACAUUUACAUUGGUGAUGUAGGUUGUAAGAUCAGGUGCGAAAAUAUCCGAUUGUACUUGAGUAUCACCUUCUU